ACACCCUCCCUCCAGGCCCCAGACCUCACAUAUGCUGCACAAGAUAACAAUACUGGAAUUUUUCAACCAUUUGCUAUCAGAGUAUCAAAUUCUUCAAUCGCAUAAUUCCAUACCGCCACAAAGGUGGCUGACCCACCAGCACCAGCCCUUAUAUUCCCUAACUGGGUAUAAACUUCAUCCACAAGAAGUAACUAACUAAUCCGGCUUCCAAAAAUUAUCAAACAGUUUGCUUCUUGGCCACCAACAGCUCCCUUCGAGAAAUUAAAUCUCAUUAGCUAGCCAUGCUAGAGGGCAAGGCAGUUGUUGGUGAGAGUGAUAUGCUUCAAACCAUGCAACAAGAUGCUCUUGAUCUUGCAGCCAAAGCCCUCGAUUUCUUUGAUGUCACUGAGGCUACUGAGAUUGCUCGUUUCAUUAAGAAGCAAUUUGAUACUUCAUAUGGAGCUGGAUGGCAAUGCAUUGUGGGAACAGAUUUUGCUUCUUUUGUGACCCACUGCUGUGGAUGUUUUAUUUAUUUUCAGAUUGGCAGCCUCGCAAUUUUGUUAUUCAGGGGAUCUGCUGCUCCUGAACUUGAUGAGGCUAAUCAAUUUACAGACUUGGAGGCCUUGGAUACUGUGACUGCGUAAUGUUUGUUUCCUUAGAAAACAAUUCUGCUUUUUCUUGUAAUCUGUUUCAUCUAACUAGUUAGAAAACAAAAAUGGAAAUUUAAAGAAAUUUUCAUCA